AUGAAAUUACAUAGCGUUUCUCUAACUGCUAAUAUUCAAAAUAAGGAAGAAAAUGAUAAAAUAAGCUCAAUGCUUAAACUAUUUUGGGAAACAGAAGAAAUUCCAAAAUCGAAAGUUCUAUCAGAAGCAGAUCUCUACUGUGAAGAACUUUAUAAAAAGACAACAUAUCGCAGAAGUGAUGGUAGAUAUGUUGUAAAACUUCCUUUUAAACAAGAAUUUCCAGAAAACUUGUAUUUGCAAUCUUCCAGAUUCGCAGCAAAAAGUCAAUAUAUUCAUCUAGAGGCAAAAUUACAAAAACAAAUAGAUCUUCAACAGAUUUAUAAUGAUGUUUUAGAAGAAUAUAUAACAUUGGGUCAUAUGAGGAAAACAAAUUCUUCCGAAAUUUGUAAAGAUGGAAAGUAUUUUUCAUAUUAUUUACCACAUCAUGCUGUAUUUAGACCGGAAAGCACUUCUACAAAAGUUAGAGUAGUCUUUAAUGGUUCUCGCAAAACGAAAAGCUCAUUUUCGUUGAAUGAUGUAUUGCAUAUUGGUCCAACGUUGCAAUCUGACUUAAUGUCAGUUAUUUUAAAUUGGCGUAUAUAUAGAUACGUUUUCAAUGGAGAUAUCGAAAAAAUGUAUCGCCAAAUAUUAGUAACGGAAGCAGAUUGUCCGUUUCAGAGAAUUUUGUAUAGAACAAAAACUUCAAGCAAUAUUGAAGAUUACGAGCUGUUAACAGUCACUUUCGGAGUGAAUUGUGCACCGUAUUUAGCCAUACGAACGUUGCUGCAGUUAGCAACAGAUGUAGAGAGACAGUCUCCUUUGUCAUCUCACAUAUUAAGACAUGAAACAUAUGUCGAUGAUAUUUUAGCUGGUGGACAUACUUUGGCUUCAGCCCUAGAAGCGCAAAGUCAAUUAAUAAAGUCUUUAAAAUCAGCUGGAUUUCCACUUAAAAAAAUUACGCAAAAAGAACAAUUUAACGACCGCCCAUUAUUGUUCAAGCAAAGACCGCCCAUUAUUGUUCAAGCAAAGAUCCUUCUACAGGAAUUGUGGCAAGAUGGGGUCGAAUGGGAUGAAGAUGUGAAACCUCAGACUCUUUCAAGGUGGAACAUUUUCUUAGAAGAUUUUAUACACAUAAGAUCCAUUCAAAUCCCCAGAUGGAUCCAUUUCCAUCCAGAUAGCAAAAUCCAGAUCCAUGGUUUCUGUGAUGCAUCUGAACAGGCCUAUUGUGCAACAAUAUACAUUCGAGUGGAAGAUUUGUCUGGCAGACAUUCUAAUCUGCUAGUAGCGAAAAGCAAAGUUGCGCCGUUGCAACGUGUAAGUCUUCCUCGGUUAGAGUUAUGUGGGGCAUUACUGCUCUCGAAACUAAUUAAACAAACUCUAACUAACAAUUCAUUUAAAAGUGCUCAACUUUUCCUGUGGUCAGAUUCCACUAUAGUAUUAGCAUGGUUACAAAAGCAUCCAUCAGUUUGGAAAACAUAUGUUGGCAAUAGAACAUCUCAAAUUAUUGAAAAUGUUGGUAAUGCUAAGUGGAACCACGUUUUAACCCAUGAAAAUCCAGCAGAUCUUGGAACACGAGGUUGUAAACCACAAGAUCUUAAAGAAAAUCCUUUAUGGUGGUAUGGACCAAUGUGGCUACUUGACUCCCAAGACAAUUGGCCUAAAUCUAACCCACCUGCCAUAGCUCUUAUGGAACAAAGGAAAGUUGAAGUUCACUGUUCCGUUACAGAUGAACUCAAUAUAAUACAAAGAUUUUCUUCAUAUCGGCGAGCCCUCGCCGUAAUAGCAUAUAUUUAUAGGUUCAUACGUUCUACUAAUAAAAGAUUACAGAAAACUAAGUUUGAAAGUUUAACGCUCUCUCACGAAGAGCUUAAUAACGCAAAAAUUGUAUAUAUAGACUAA